GCAGCACCUCAGAAGUUGUUGACAACUGUAUCCAGCCCUUGCCGAAUACAUCCGUUCUCCACACAUCCGUUGUGAGGCCCCUCCAGGUACAAGGUGGGUACCAUGGCUGAGGAGUUUGGCUGCCACUACUGUAGGGACCCCCUGCAGGGGAAGAAGUACGUGGAGAAGGACGGUCACUCCUGCUGCCUGAAGUGCUUUGACACGUUCUGCGCCAACACCUGUGUGGAAUGCCGCAAGCCCAUCAGCGCGGACUCCAAGGAGGUGCACUACAAGAACCGCUACUGGCACGAAGCCUGCUUUCGCUGUUCCCAGUGCCUUCACCCCUUGGCCAGUGAGACCUUUGUGGCCAAGGACAACAAGAUCCUGUGCAACACGUGCGCCCCGCGGGAGGACUCCCUCGAGUGCAAGGGCUGCUUCAAGCCGUUCGUGGCAGGAGAUCAGAACGUGGAGUACAAGGGGAUCGUCUGGCACAAAGACUGCUUCACCUGCAGCAACUGCAAGCAAGUCAUCGGGACUGGAAGCUUCUUCCCUAAAGGGGAGGACUUCUACUGCACGACGUGCCACGAGGCCAAAUUUGCCAAGCAUUGCGUGAAGUGCAACAAGGCCAUCACAUCUGGAGGAAUCACUUACCAGGAUCAGCCCUGGCAUGCCGAGUGCUUCGUGUGUGUCACCUGCUCUAAGAAGCUGGCUGGGCAGCGUUUCACCGCUGUGGAGGACCAGUAUUACUGCGUGGAUUGCUACAAGAACUUUGUGGCCAAGAAGUGUGCUGGAUGCAAGAACCCCAUCACUGGGUUUGGUAAAGGCUCCAGUGUGGUGGCCUAUGAAGGGCAAUCCUGGCACGACUACUGCUUCCACUGCAAAAAAUGCUCCGUGAACCUGGCCAACAAGCGCUUUGUUUUCCAUCAGGAGCAAGUGUAUUGUCCCGACUGUGCCAAAAAGCUGUGAAGUGACAGGGGCUCCUGUCCUGUAAAGUGGAAUUGAGUCUUGUUCUUUGUGUCCUCGCCCUCUGCCCUGCACCAACUAUAGGGAAAGAGUGGCCUUUCGCCUCUUCCAAGUUGCUCUUCUCUCUCUCCUCCCAUUGUACAGUAUUACUCAAAUAAGGGCCCACAGUGAUCACAUUAGGAUUUAGCAAAAAGCAACUCUGCGGCAAAAUUCAUUUCGUGAUGGCUUCCGUUAAAAAAAAAACAAAACACUUAGAUUGACUCUUCUGCAUGUUUAUCAUAGAGCAGAAAAGUGCUAACCAUUUAGCUGCUUAGCGAUGUAAGCAAAAAGCCUAAGAGAUAAAGCCCCUACUGAAGUGCCCUUUGUGGCUCAGCUGGGACCCACCGUGUCGUCACGUGACACACACGAGUUGUAGCAGCUGCUCCAACUCACUGCUCACCCUGUCCUGUGAGCAGAAACAGAGCUUACCGAAAUGCAUGGUUUAACUUUCUCAUCAAAACCUUCCUUCUGUUCUUUUUGUGCUUUU